UAUAAAAAUUAUUUAACUUCUCUACUUUAUUUUAAUCAAAUCUAAUUGAAUAAUUUGUUAUCGUGUUCGGGAUAUAUAUACGGGUCUGAAAUAACAGGAGCUUUAUAUUGUAAGCGCGUUUUUCGAUGUGAUCGCACCAUGGUUCAGUUUUUCGUGCCCUUGGCAUUGGCUUUCAUUGCCACUCCGACUUAUUAUUUGAAGUUUGAAAGCAACAAAGAAAGACAACUGACUGAUUCGACGACAGAAUGUAUAAAAACAACAGUAGAUUUGAUUUGCAAAGCCAUUGGAUCUCAAAAAACCCGGUGCGCUAGUAGAAAUUUUUACAUUGAAACGUCUGUCAAGUCUGAAGACCCAACGACUCCAAUGGAUACUCUUUUAGAAGAGAAGCAUGUCAAGACGUCCUGGGAAUGCAGUAGUGGAAAAUUAUAUUAUUGUCAACCGUUUGAAAUAAUUUUCAAUGAGACGGGGGUCACAUCGCUUCUGAUGAGUAACAGAUUGAAGAAGGACCGGAUUUCAACGAUCUGGGACAUCGCUAACCAGAUGAAUUUCAUAUGGAUUCAGAAUUUAAUUUCCAAUAAGACUAGUGUCCAGGAAGUGACGACUUAUGGGGAGUGCAUGGCUGAAAUAAAAAUAGAAGAAUCAAAUAAUGAUGAAAGACCUCGUACUCGUUUAUUCGAAACUAACAAUUUUGUAAAAUCGGGUAUGGUUUCAAUUUUCAAAAAAAUAAGAGACGUUGACUCGUGUUCCAAAGGACAUUCUAAAGUUUCUGAUGCAGGCAGCAGUUCAUUGAAAUCAUUUGUCCAUACUGUCAAUAUUACGGAGUAUAAAUUUAAGUCUUGUAUAGAAAAUGAAGUUCAACUUUCGUUUACCGGCAAAUCAUUGUCUGAUAAAUACAACAAUUGUCUUUCUGUUGAUAGAAUCGAAAAUUUAUCUAUAGAUAAAUCGCUAUCUGACAUCGACGAUUCUGAUUAUGUUUCAGUUCCAUUUCUAUCAGCAUAGUUAUUAAUUUAAAUAAAAUAAAAAUCCAAUGAUUCUUUUUUACUGCAGUGUCAUCAUGACGAUACAUCUCUUAU